UUCAUGACAAUAAAAAGUUGACCAACAAUAUCUGUCAAAAAUGAAACGACCGAUCGAUGCGGUUAUUGAAGACGUAAUUAUGGAACCGUCUAAGAUUCAACCGAUUAUUGUUAACUUUCAAAAUGGAGCACUUAAAGAUGAGGAAGCCAAAAAGAUGUCAUGUGGUGUAUUUUAUGAUCAGAAGAAAAAGAAAACCACACUGGCUUUGUCAAAUGGACAGAUUGUUUACAAAGGUUAUAAACCUGAUAUGGACCAAGACAUGAUGCAUACUAUGCUUGUGGUUCAUAACAGAAAAACAGGAAAAGUGAGACUAGUUCAAGUUGAAAGAUGGCAAGUGACUGCAGUGUUGGAUAAACCAGUAGUGGAAGACAAUAUGGCAGAUGAAGCAAAGAUUGCUAUGUUAAAUAAACAGUUUGGUUCAAAGAGAGUAAAGCGAAGAACAGAACAGCAUGAGAGAUUACAAAUGAAUGUAGAGCAUAUUAAAGAGCAACUCAAAGAUACUGUAACUGAUGUUGAAAUUGAUAGAACAGAGUUAUCGAUAGAAUUACCAGAAAAUGAAUAUAUUACAAAUACUGCUUUACCAGAAUGCAAUAGAAAUGCAAAUACACCAAAUGAUGUAUAUAAUAUAUAUGAUAUUAUACCAAAAAACAAACUGAAAACUAUGUAUGAUUAUGCUGCAGAUAUUUUAAAUGAUAGUUCUAAUACUUCAGAAGGGAAAACCACAUUCUUCAAUCAGACAUUAAAGUAUUUAAAGUUUGAAGGGGACAGUGUGAAAAAAAUUGCAUUGUUACUUUACGUUCAAGGAGUUGCGUCGUGGAUGAACACGCCGUACAAAGAUGCUAAGAAACGAAUUAUCGAUGUUUGUCCAGCUUCUGAAGAAAUUAACUUGUAUAUAUUAGAUACAUAUAGUGUUCCAAGUACUCAUGGACGGAUGAGACCAAACAGCGUAAAAGACAAAGGAGUGAUACAUUGUAUGAUUUUGUCUCUGAUAAUUUAUAAUUUCACGUUGGAUCUGGAAUUAUUCGCGUCAAUAUUCAGUCAUCGUUUGGGUUUGAGAAAAUUGGUGGAUUUCGCCAAAAUUGUCGGUGCUGUACCCACUAAGGAGAACAAAAAAAUAAUACAACUGAAAAUUCCAUUACCAGCACCGUUGGCUAUUGUAAGACGGGGAAAAAAGAAAUCGUUUUAA